AUGAGUACAACAACAAAUCCCGGACUAAUUUCAUGCCCUUACGAUGUGACUCAUCAACUAAUUCCGUGUCGUUACCAAAAACACAUCAUUAAAUGUGCUCGGCAGCAUCCUCAUAUCAAAUUGGAAGUCUGUCCCUUUAAUUCUACGCAUCACAUUAAGCCAGAAUUAUUCGCUGUUCAUAAAAUUCAAUGCCCUGAUCGAUUAGCGUUCGAAAAAUACAUGAAUGACAUCGAAAUUGGUCCAUGGAAGAGACAAAAACCAAAAGAAAUUGUCAUUCCUGAGUACAAAGAUGAUGAAAAUUGGGACGAUAUGGUUGGAAAAGGUGGUUAUGACCCAAAAAUUGUAAAUGCUUGUAAGCCAUUUGCUCGAAAAAUCAUUGGAGGGUCAAAAAAUGAGAAAAGACAAUUCUACAAUUUUGAAAAGAAGCGACUACAAAUGAUCAUGGAUGCUGAGGAAGGUAGAAUUACACUAACAGAAGAGGAUUUAGAGUUCAUUUUACACGGCAAUGAGCGAAAAAACCUCAAAAAUAGGAAAGAAAUUAAAAAUAAACCAAUAGAAAGGCUUGAAAAUGGCAAUUCUGAGGAUGAAACAUCACAAAAAGAUGAAAUUAAACAAGAAAUUCAUGAAAAUUCUGAAGAUUUUGUCAUAAAAACCGAAUUUGGAUCCGAACCACGACAAAUUUCGAUACCUGUCAAUCCGAUUCUCAUCAAACAAGAACCCGUUCACUUCGAUUUAUCAACUUUGCGACCCGUAAAACGAGAAAUACCCGAAGUUGACGACAUAAUUGCCUAUCAGCACAAGAAACAACAAGAAGAAUUGACAAAAAUUAUGAGAAAACUCAAAACUACGGAUCCUUUAGACCCUCGAUUGCAGGAAGAAACACGAGAAAGAAGUUUAUCUCCGAUAUUUUCUGACCUUCAGAGUGACCCACGGCUACUUGUUAAUCCUUUUAGUUUCAUAAAAGGCAAGGAACACUUUGGAGAUCCACGGAUAUCGAGUAAAAUUAAACUUGAAAAAGAGAAAAACCGACGAAAACUGGAAGAAGAGACAAAAAUUAAAGAAGAAACGGAAUUAGCGGAACAAAAAAUGAUCGAAACAGCAAUAAAAGAAGCAAAAAUCAAAACUAAACAAGAAAAAGAAAUUUUAGGGGAUAUUGACAUUUUGGAUCAACUCCUGGAUGAAACGGAAAAAAUUGAAAAAACUUCACGUCCUGCGUCUCGAUGUUCAAAUGCGAGUCGAGAAUCGGGCGAAUUAAGUGACGACGACGUUGAAAAUGAAGAUGUGAUAGUCAUUGAAGAUGACAGCGACGAUGAACUUGAUGUCCUGUUAAGCUCACGAGACUUCAUGGAUCUCAAAGAAUGUGUCCUUUUGGCAAAAGGUCAAAGCGGAAGUGACACUGACGGCAGUUCAGGAUCAAAAAAGAGACGCAGCAAAAGUCCUUUGCAUGAAAAAGUUGAAAAUUUAAGCAAAAAAGUUAGAUAAUUAAAGUUGA